AUGGUUCUCCUCACAGCCUCCACGGUUUCGACCAUUGUGUCGAUGGGAGUGAUCGGCAUAUUUACCACGUUAUUAUUCUUUUCUGGAUAUGUCUUACAACAGCAAUCGGUCAAAAACAUCCAGCAUGCCUUAAAACCCCAAGAAGCCGCUCAAAUGGCCCGCCACGGAUCGGGACCCGCAUUCCAGCAGAAACGAGGUCUAUCGGGUGAUCAGACACAUGGAAACUAUGCCUAUGUCCAGCUACUAUCUGAGCCAGACCCUUCAGAUAUAUGUUCUGCCAUACUCUUCUUCAAGCAACUCUCCACAAACGGAACAGCCGUCCAGGAUCGUCUCUUUGUAUACCCAGAGCAGUGGGACCGGAUGUCUGCCAAAAAGCUGGGAAAGUCGGCCACCCAAGCACUAUCAAUAUUACGCGCCGCCAGUGCUAAAUACAAUAUCUGGCUCCUUCCCAUUGACAUGUCAGCAGCCACAGCUGCAGGGUACUCGACAACAAACACCAAACUACUCCGACUGGGCCAGAUCCAGUUCAUGCAAUAUGACAGCGUGCUUUAUGUUCAAACACCAGGCCUGCUGCUAGACACAGGAAAACUGGACGACAUGCUCUUCUCCCGCCCUCUGCCCCUUCGCCACGACAAGAAUCGGCCAGAUUCCUAUAACAACGAGGCAUGGAUUCCUAUGCCGCUUCGUGCUAAUCGCGACGCGGCACUCCCACCUGCGUAUCUGAUUACGGUCAAUAACAUUGAGAAUGGGAAUGUUGAGGCAAGGACUCAUAUUCCCAACGCUGCAUUGCCUGGUUUUGGUGGUCUCGUGGCUGGUCCUCGGGAUGCGCUGUAUGGCGACGAGCCUGGUUAUGUAUAUUUUGAAAAUGAUCGUGACGGCCGCGUAAAGUGGGCUGGAAAUCCCUACUUUGGCGCUUGGCGCUCUCAGCAGGCUGAAGUUUGCAAGGGUUUGGAUUUUGACGAGAUUAUUUAUGAUGAGCAAUGA